AUGCCUCGAACAAAAGUGACGGUUAAAUAUGGCAAGCGGUCGACGCGGACCAAGGCCGAGCGCCUUUUCGCCGAGCUACCGCAGAGUCCUGUGCGAAGGCCGCCAGCCGUGGACAUCGACGACCCUGUCGCUUUAGUUACCGGAAAGCUGUCGAUAGUGCGACUAGAAGACAAGCCAAGACAGCCACGCAGAUCGCCUCGAAAGAGUGUUCGGCAAAAAAACCCCAUUGAUGAUAAGACGGACUCCUCAGACAGCCCACAAGACCCAGGCGACUCGGACUAUAGAAACCCCAAGGGAGAUUCUCAAGACACCGCCUCUGCGAGUAAUGAAACCGGCGACGCAGAUGGCCGGGAGCAUCCGCCGGAAGAAACAGCUGGCGACACGUCACUACGGGUUUUGACCUGGGACGACGUUUGUCCCCUGGGGGACCGCAUAGAAAAGAUUGCAGAGGCCUCGUAUGCAGAGGUCUACCGCGUCACAAACGAGCGGGGAACCAGUGUGAUUAAGGUCAUACGUUUGCCCUCACCGAUCAAGCCCCAGACCAAAGCUCAGGUGCGAUCCAAGCUCGUCGAUGAAGAGCCCCAUUCCGAGGAGGACGUCAACGGCGAGUUGCAGAUAUCCGAGUGGUUGGCGGACAUUCCUGGAUUUGUGGUGUACAAGGAGAGAUAUAUCGUCCAAGGGAAGACGUCGAGGGCGUUGCUCGAGACGCAUCAGGUGUUUCAGAGACGGAUGAAGAGGAAGGACCCUGGACGGGCGCAGUUUUAUCCAUCACCAAGUCGGUAUCUUGAUGACACCAAAUUUUUGGUGGUCGAGUUGGGGGAUGCCGGUACGGCGUUGGAGGAUUGGGAGUUGACAGAUGAGCGUGAGUUGUGGGACAUAUUCUUCUUGGAGGCCAUUGCAUUGGCCAGGGCCGAGGAGAUUGCCAUGUUCGAGCAUCGGGAUCUUCACGAGGGCAACUUGUGUAUCAGACAAGCGCGGCCCCCGACGCCGAGGAAACCUGGGUCGCGGGGAUACUUUGGCUAUUCAGGCGUCGACAUCACCAUCCUGGACUACGGACUGUCGCGGGCCGAGGAUCUGUCCAUCGACUUUGCGAAGCCCAUUGCCUACGACCUGGAGCGAGAUCUCGGCCUGUUCACGAGCAACCAUGCUGCACAGUGCAAGGUGUACCGUCAAAUGCGGUCUUUUCUGCUUCGAGCAGACCGUAAAUGCCUCCCUCCGGAGGCGCACAAGACUCCCUACGCCAAAGGCGUCGACGGACCACUCUGCUGGGAAGCACAUGUGCCCUACACCAACGUGUUGUGGCUGGCUUAUCUCUACGAGUACCUCCUUGAUAACUUUCAAGGGGACCCGAAGCAGCUGGCGCGAUUCCAGAAAGAAACGGCUGACAUGUGGAUGUACCUGAACCCCGAUGCCGACGAGAGUACGCCCUGCUUCGGCGCCGCAGGGGACAUUGUGUGCUUUGCUGUCGAAUCAGGCUGGAUUCGGGAGGAGCAGUUGCUCGGGUGUGGGGCCUCGAUGAUUGAGAGAGAGGACAGCAUCAUCGUGUCGAAGGAUGAAGGGGCUGCGGACGUUCCGUCGAGGCGUUUGUCGAAGAGGCUCACGACGUGA